UAAAAAAAAAAAAAAAAAAGAAAGAAAUUUGUAAAAAUAAUGGUGCUCGUUGGAGAUACGAAUUUGAUUUUUAAUGCCGGUUUAAUAUUAGGAUGUACCGCUCUCUGUGCUUCGAAGGACAAUGUAAAAGCGAGAAGACUUCGAGAUAUAAUAUUCAUCGUUUUCUCAAUGACUCUGUAUUUAGUUAGUCUCGUAGUAAUAUACAUUUAUGUAUUCUCGUACGAGGAUUCAGAUUUAAAAAGCACGCUUAUCGUCAUAAUAAGAGUAUUUCUUAUUUACUUGUGCUUGUUCACGGAUGCAUCGGUAACAACUUUAUGGAACUGGAAGAUUCGAUCCGUUUUAUCGCAGUUACGUAAUUUUGAUCGAGCUACAAAAUUUCGUGAUUUUUCAAAAGGAAAUAAAUUGCGUAUCAUUUGUCACGUGACAAUGUUCGUCAGUUUCUCAUAUUGGGCGAUAGUAGGAUAUUUCACGUACAGAAUCGAGGCGAAAGUGCCAAUUUUUCACGGGAUAAUUUACUUCAUCAUGGAUGCCUCGAUGAAUACGCAAAUUUUGAUAUUCGUGUGUAUUUUAUUCCUUAUCGAGGAACGAUUCCGUCAUCUCUGCUCAAUGAUAGAACUCUCUAAGGCUGACAAGAUAAUAGAGGCGCAUCGAUCAAUUAGGCAUUCGACGUUACAACAGAUAUGGUGGCUUCAUUGUUCUCUAGCGAACGCGACCGAAAUAAUUAAUUCCGUGUACGCGAUCCAAUUGUUGUUUUGGAUCUCGUCUAUGUCGUUCAACCUGAUGUCGAGGAUUUAUUCGUUGAAAGUGUUCAAAUUAUCGGAUUACGGGAAGAUCAGGGAAUCAAUGUUGGUGACUGAUUGCGCGUGGAACCUCGUAUUGAUCACCACCGUGUGCCACAUGACGGCUCAUCAGGCGAAUCGUGUCGGCGAGCUUAUUUUCUCACCUUACUCUUCCGUUUCUCUGAAACGCGUACAUUUACAGGAAAAUAUAGAAGCAGCGGCUUACUUUCAACUAAGGAAAGUACAUCUUUUCACCGUUGCUGGUUUAAUACGCGUCGAUCUUCCUCUCCUGCUUUCGGUGAGCUCGGCGUACAACGACGCGGCGAUACUAUACAACAUAAGCUACAACAUAGAUUCCGAGGAUAUAAUUCGCCAUCUCCUCGCCAAGUUUCAAGGGAAAACUAAUUACUUGCUGAUCGUCCUCUAUGCUUUCGUGAUGGCGCUCGCGGUGACGGCCAACAUUCUCGUCAUCGCGGUUGUUUUCAAGUAUCAUUACAUGCGUAGCGUGACCAAUUACUUCGUGGUUAAUCUGUCCGUGGCGGAUCUUUUGGUGACCACGAUUUGCAUGCCGGUUGCCGUCAGCCAGGCGGUCUCGUUGAAAUGGAUCCACGGCGAAGUAAUGUGCAAACUUUCCUUCUACUUACAGGGUGUUGCGGUAGCUGCCUCGGUUUUUACUAUCACCGCGAUGAGCAUUGACAGAUAUUUGGCUAUAAGAAGCCCCAUAGCAUUUCGACGAGUUUUCAACCGCAAGAGCACGGUCUUCGUUAUCAUAGCUCUCUGGGUGGUCGCUUUGAUCAUCUUUUCUCCUCUUCUCAGAGUGACAUCCCUUCAGAAUCCAGGUAUCAUGAUACUCAGAAACAUAUCGUUUCACGGGUCGAAUUUCGCGCAAAAUAUCUCCACCGAUUUGUACUUCUACAUGUGCUUGGAAGAUUUCAAAUCCGUGGGUAUCGAGGCCCCCCUUUUUGGCACCAUGUGCUUCGUGCUGGUUUAUGCUAUUCCCGGUUUCGUCGUGGUGCUGUCGUACAUCAUGAUGGGCCGUACACUGUGCGCGAGGAAACCGCCAUUCGAUUGUGACGGUGCCCAGGGAAGCGCCAGCUCGCAACAGAGUUUCAGGCUGGUACGUGAGCGAAGGCGAAUCGCUUGGAUACUGCUUCUUCUGGCUGUGCUUUUUGCCCUCUGCUGGCUCCCGUAUAACGUUUUAAUGCUCUUAAAAGACUUGGAUGUAAUCAGUGUGAGGGGGACAGAGAACGGAGAAGCGGAAGGGUGGAACAAUGCUAUCUCCUAUUGCCUGUUUCUGGGACACGCGAAUAGCGCAUUGAAUCCCACCGUGUAUUGUUUUAUGACCCGUAAUUUUCGUCAGAACGUGACUGAGAUCCUCUGCCGCAGCCCCUGCGGGCUUACACGUGAAACGACUCAUCGAAGGGGUGUUCAAGGGACUGGAGUGAUCGAUGAUAUGUGCGCGGGCAGUGCCAGCGGCACGAUAAGACGGAGCUUGCUUCGCAAGCGAAAAAUGUUACCCGGAUGUGGGUGCGGAUUGCCGAUCGGUGGCCAUCGCGCCGUUUUAACCCUUCGACGAACGACCACCACCAGCUGCGACAGCUUUUACACGAGGCACAGCCCUCACCGUCGUUGUUACAUGCUGCGAAGCCUUAGAGGGAGACCGGACACUGCGAUCGGCCAUAUACAGUUAAGGAAGAGUCAGGAAACCGAUCGCGAGAAGAGCAACGCCGUUCAACCUGCCAACACUUUGGUUGUAACGGACGAGAAACGUUGAUGGAAAAAAAAUUCUAGUUAAUCGGGUUAAUUGUCGGGUUAAUUAAUUAAUAAGGGUAAUUAAUAAGAGAUUAGUCGAUUUCUUACAGACAUGCGGAUACAUAUGUCGUUACGUGUUUGUAAAUAUUUCAUGUACAUAGAAAGAUCGGUGGUGUAAACUGGAGGACUCAAUUGGUGAUUGAUUGAAAUAGCGGAGAAUCAUUUCUCGAAAUAUAUUUUCUGAUUCACCUGGAAAUUUAUUAUUAUAUGUAUAUGUAUAUAUUAGAUGUAGAAUAUAAAUAUGAAAUCGAGUAACAGUUCAGUUGGGAUGGUUUUUAAUCUUCUCGGAAAGAAAAGAAUAAAAUUAUUACGUUCACGGAAUACUUGAUAUUUCUUUAACUUCUUAAAAGAAGAAGAAGAAGAAGAAGAAGUUCGUUCCGGUGAUCUACAUUCCGUACGAGUACGUCAAAUAAUGAUGUUACG